CCUUGCACACUUCCCCCCUAGUCAGACACGCACACUCCCUCGCUCCCGCUCGCUCACUCCCUCGCUCUCUCGCUCACACACACGCGCGCACCCGCCGCCGCGGCUCCCUCUCUCGCGCCCGCUCUCCCUCCGGCUCCUCCGGGCAGCCGCCGGGCUCCGGACUCGUCCUCCCGCGCCGGCUCUCCCGCCCCACGCAGCGUCCCGAGGCGGCAGGGCUGGGGGGAGCCCCGGGCCGCUCCCCGAGAAAUCUGUCCCCACCACCUGCCCAGCCCCCUCCAGGAAGGAGGAGCAUUCAUUCCACUCAAUACUCCUGGUCGGGUUGGGUCCUCGUUCUCCAAGGAUCCGCCAGGCCCCGGCCAGCUCCCGGCUGCACAGAGACCAUGGCACACCCCGGACUCCGGAGCCGCGGAGGCGCUGCCUGGUGAUCCGGCCGUGGCGCGAGGGGGAGCGGGCGGGGACCCGCGGGCCCUCCAUGCCCCGGCUGCGGCCGCGCCCCUCCCCCUCCAGCCCAGCCCCGCGGCGUUCAGGGCCCAGGGUCCGUGCGGGAGCCCCGUCGGGGGCGGGGGCGGCGCCCCAGUGGCCGAGCUGAGCCGAGGCCACCAUGUGACGCAGCGGCGCUGACCCUCUGCGGUGCCUACCGUCCACGCUCCUGGUUCCCGGCCCGCGCAGGCCAAGCAUGAGGCCAGGGCCUGCCGGUCGGGGGCUCUGGGUGGAAGCCACACUGUCGCCGGCGCUGCUGCUGCUUGGAUGCGUGUGGGCAGCGGGCACGCCUGCACCGUCGGCACCUGGGGCCCAGCAGGACGGCGCCCUGGGGGCGGGCCGCGUGAAGCGAGGCUGGGUUUGGAACCAGUUCUUCGUGGUGGAGGAGUACACGGGCACCGAGCCCCUGUACGUGGGCAAGAUCCACUCGGACUCAGACGAGGGGGACGGGGCUAUCAAGUACACCAUCUCUGGUGAGGGUGCUGGGACCAUCUUCCUAAUCGAUGAGCUGACGGGCGACAUCCACGCCAUGGAGCGCCUGGACCGUGAGCAGAAAACCUUCUACACGCUGCGGGCUCAGGCUCGGGACCGCGCCACUGACCGCCUGCUGGAGCCCGAGUCGGAGUUCAUCAUCAAGGUGCAGGACAUCAACGACAGCGAGCCCCGCUUCCUGCACGGCCCCUACAUCGGCAGCGUGGCCGAGCUUGCGCCCACAGGCACGUCGGUGAUGCAGGUGAUGGCCUCGGAUGCCGACGACCCCACGUAUGGCAGCAGCGCUCGGCUGGUGUACAGCGUGCUGGAUGGCGAGCACCACUUCACUGUGGACUCCAAGACCGGCGUGAUCCGGACAGCUGUGCCCGACCUUGACCGCGAGAGCCAGGAGCGCUAUGAGGUGGUGAUCCAGGCCACAGAUAUGGCAGGCCAGCUGGGUGGCCUUUCUGGCUCCACCACCGUCACCAUCGUGGUGACCGACGUCAACGACAACCCACCCCGUUUCCCGCAGAAGAUGUACCAGUUCAGCAUUCAGGAGUCAGCCCCCAUUGGCACGGCCGUGGGACGAGUGAAGGCCGAGGAUUCAGACGUGGGCGAGAACACAGACAUGACUUACCACCUCAAGGACGAGAGCGGCAGCGGUGGCCAUGCGUUCAGAGUCACCACGGACAGCGACACUCAGGAGGCCAUCAUCGUAGUGCAGAAGCACCUGGACUUUGAGUCCCGGCCUGUGCACACUGUGGUCCUGGAGGCCCUCAACAAGUUCGUGGACCCCCGCUUCGCUGACCUGGGCACUUUCCGCGACCAGGCGAUCGUGCGCGUGACCGUGACCGAUGUGGACGAGCCCCCCGAGUUCCAGCCGCCCUCCGGCCUCCUGGAGGUGCAGGAGGACGCGCAGGUGGGCUCCCUGGUCGGCGUGGUGACGGCGCGGGACCCCGACGCCGCCAACCGGCCCGUCCGGUACGCCAUUGACCACGACUCGGAUUUGGACCAGAUCUUUGAUAUCGAUGCAGACACGGGCGCCAUCGUGACAGGCAAGGGGCUGGACCGCGAGACGGCUGGCUGGCACAACAUCACAGUGCUGGCCAUGGAGGCGGACAAUCAUGCCCAGCUCUCCCGGGCGUCCUUACGGAUCCGAAUCCUGGAUGUGAAUGACAAUCCCCCAGAGCUGGCCACACCCUACGAGGCAGCCGUGUGUGAGGACGCCAAGCCAGGCCAGCUCAUCCAGACCAUCAGUGUGGUGGACAGAGAUGAGCCUCAGGGGGGGCACCGCUUCUAUUUCCGCCUGGUGCCUGAAGCUCCUAGCAACCCUCAUUUCUCUCUGCUCGACAUCCAAGACAACACGGCCGCAGUGCACACGCAGCACAUGGGCUUCAACCGGCAGGAGCAGGACGUGUUCUUCCUGCCCAUCCUGGUGGUGGACAGCGGGCCGCCCACGCUGAGCAGCACGGGCACGCUCACCAUCCGUAUCUGUGGCUGCGACAGCUCCGGUGCCAUCCAGUCCUGCAACACCACGGCCUUCGUCAUGGCCGCCUCCCUCAGCCCCGGCGCCCUCAUCGCCCUCCUGGUCUGUGUCCUCAUCCUGGUCGUGCUGGUGCUGCUGAUCCUCACACUCAGGCGCCACCACAAGAGCCACCUGAGCUCCGACGAGGAUGAGGACAUGCGCGACAACGUCAUUAAAUACAACGAUGAGGGCGGAGGCGAGCAGGACACCGAGGCCUACGACAUGUCGGCGCUGCGGAGCCUCUACGACUUCGGCGAGCUCAAGGGCGGCGAGGGGGGCGGCGGCGGCGGUGCGGGCGGGGGCGCGGGCAGCCCCCCGCAGGCCCGCCUGCCGUCGGAGCGCCACUCGCUCCCGCAGGGGCCGCCGAGCCCCGAGCCGGACUUCUCGGUGUUCAGGGACUUCAUCAGCCGCAAGGUGGCGCUGGCGGACGGGGACCUGUCGGUGCCGCCCUACGACGCCUUCCAGACCUACGCCUUCGAGGGCGCGGACUCGCCGGCCGCCUCGCUCAGCUCGCUGCACAGCGGCUCAACGGGCUCCGAGCAGGACUUCGCCUAUCUCAGCAGCUGGGGCCCGCGCUUCCGGCCCCUGGCCGCCCUCUAUGCCGGCCACCGCGUGGACGACGAGGCCAAGGCCUCCUAGCCCCCCGCCCCCACCGUCUGGCGCUGCUCGCCCCACCCAGGACCCAACUGGACCCAAGGACAAAGCGUUUCCCCUGCUCACCCCCUUCCCCAACCCUUCCACCUCCCAGGGCGGCUGGACAGAAGGUGGGACUUGUUGGGGUCGUCCUCCCGAACGCCCCUCCACCGGGGGGCAUGCAGCAUUUGCCCAGAGAUGCGGAAAUCUGACCGACGUCAUUAAAACUGCAGUGAGACCGGGCACUGCGUGGCUCUGGGUUAGAAAGGGAGGUAGGGCAGCGUUGCUCCCUGGAGAAGGGGAGGGUCACUCACUCCUGCCUGGCGGAAAGCCCUGGAGGGAAGACACUGCUGAGGUGCCCCCAGGCCUCCCCCAUCAGAGUUGAGAGGAAAGAAGGGCUCUUCAUUUACUAAGCGCCUACUGUGUGCUAGGACACUGCAAAGACCAUCUUAGUCAUCACAGAAUCCAUGAGGUGGGGCCCUGCAGGUAACAGAUGGACAAAGCUACCCAGAGAAGUGGCUGUGACCUGUCCAAGGAUACCUGGUCAGUGAAGGGUGGAGCCUUUGGCACUUACCCCUUGCCUGGCCUUGGUCAGGUUCCUGCGUUUCUCUGGGCCCCAGUUUCCUUGUGUGUCAAUUGAGGCUAAUAACAGGACCUACCUCGAAGAAUUGUGAGGAUAAAAAGGGUUCAUAGUGUCACGUGGUUAGGACAGUGCCUGGCACAUAGUAGGUGUUCAAUAAAUGUUAGCCUUUGACACUAUUACUAUCUCUGUCAUUAUUAGAAGCCCAGGGUGUCUGCCUCCCAGGUCCAGCUCUCUCCUUGAUGCCAGUUGUCCUCCCCUUUUCCCAAAAUCUCCAAGGGAAGAGGAAAUGGUCCCAACUGUCAGUCCUGCUCCUGCCCUGAGUGGAGGAUAGGGACAUUCCCAGUGCCUGUGGAGCCCUCCGGAGUCUCAGGAACACUGAAAUAGGACACCUGGGAUGCUGUGAGAGGACAAGCUGGGAAGUUCCAGGACUUGGAUGAGGUGGGAGCGUGGGAGGGAGAUGAAGGGGCUGAAAGACACUGGGCAUGGUGGGGACCUUAUCUAUUUGGUCUGGGAACUCAUCAGCCUCCCCAUCCAUGGACCCCAAGUGAAGAAUCGCAGGGUUACAUCAUCACUAACAGCCUCCAGCUCUGAAACCAUUUGAUUGUAAGAGGUUAUUUGGCCUCCUACCCCACUCCCAAGUGACUCAUUCAUUCCACAUUGAUCAGCUGUGCAUUCCAGAUCUGCUAGCUGGGCAGCCUUCAUCAAGGUCCUCAACUGCUGAAGCCUCAGUUUACUCAUCUGUAAAAUGGGGCUAAUAAUAGUCCCUCCUUUAGAUGGUUGUUAAGAGGCUUACAGGAGAUAAUGAAUAUUAAGCUCUGAUCUCAGUGCCUUCCUGACACAUUGAGGGUGCUCAAUAAAUACUCGUUAGCCUUAUUUUUUAUCCUCCCAGGGAGCAUUCAUUCAUUCCCUCCAUAUUUGCCAAUGUCCACUGUGACAGAUCAAGAGAUGGUCAGUAUGUCCUGAGUGCCUUGCCUGUAUUAUUUCAUCUAAGUUAGAUACAGCCAGCCCAGUUCACAGAUGAGGAAACUGAGGCUCAGAGAGUAGUAACCUGCCCAAGUUAACACAGAUCACAAGUAAUUCUUGUCUUCCAUUCACUCCAGGCCCAACUGGGUGGGGGGCAGGGGACAGAAGCAGCCAACAAUAAUAGAUGUGGUAAGAGAUGUAGCAGAAUUAACAGAAUAAGGUCCUGGAAACACUGAAGAAAGAUUGAAUGAUUCCUGGAGUGCUUCCCAGAGGCGGUGACUCCAACUGGAUUUUGAAGAAUGAGAAUGAGAUGUAUGAGAUGGCCAAGCAAGCAGGGGCAUUCCAAGCAGAGAAGAGCAUUUGCAAAGGCUGAGGGCAGGGGAGAGGCAAGAAGAAGCAUGUGGUGGCUUCAGGAACAGUGUGUGGUCCCAGGGGAUGGAUCACUGGAUGGUGAGUGGUGAGAUUUGUCAGGGAAAGCUGGCUGAAGGCAGGUUGGGAAAAGAAUAUGAGGGCCAGAAGCCUUAUGAUUUGCUCAACUUGGGCAUGUCUCCUAAAGUCCAUUGAGGGUGGCUAAUGGUGGAGAUACGGAUAUGGGGUUAGCCUGGUAGUCCCAGUGGGGGGAUAUUGGGACCCUCAUCCCAUGUAAGACCCCCUUACCCCAUGAUUCCUGAAGCUCGUCUACAAAUGGGUAUAGUAACUUGGGGACCUAUGGGGACAAGUGAUCCUCUUUCUGACCUAUGUGUGCCCAAUGCUGAGGUUGGUAAUUGCCAUUUCCUUUGUAGAGGUCCUGAGAUCCAGAGGAGUAAAGUGACUGGCUCAAGGUCACCCAGCUGGUAUGGGACAGAGCGGAACAGCAUAGGACCCCCUGAUUCCAAAUCUCUGCUCCUUCCAUGUGUUCUGGUUGCCUUGACAGAUUCUGACCCUGCCAAAAAUGCAGUUACAGGCAGAUUGUGUGUCUAGAGAGACAUACAAACAUGAAGUCACAAGGACCCUUGAACAUCUUGUCCAAACCCCAUACAUGGGGAAUGACUUUCCCAAGGUUACAUAGAGUUAAGGAUCUGGCCAGAAAUAAAGAACAUUAUUCAUCCAGUGUCACCUUCUGAGCCUCUGGCUCGGGUGUUCACCAGCUGUGUGACUUUGAGCAAGUAAUUUACCCUCUCCGUGACUUCAUGUUCUUAUCCAUAAAGUGCACACAUUCCGAACACCUGCUCCAUAAGGUUGUCAGGAGGGUAAAAUGCAUUAAUGAUGACUGACACUCACUGACCACUUCCCACGCGCCAGCAUUGCAGUAAGCACUUCAGUAAACUAACUUAUGUUAUCCAACCACCCCAUGAGCAGCCCUCGUUUUUAUAGGUGAGAACUGAGGCACAAAGAGGUUACCUUGCCCAAGAUCAAACAACUAAUAAAUGGAGAUGCCAAGAUUGAAUGGAGGUGCUCUGGCCCCGAGACCUACACCAUCAGCAGCACGCACAGUGCCUGGCACACAGGAAGCACUGAGCACAUGUCCAAGCAUAGUCGAGGUCACUGUCUGUGCCCUGGGAGAGCUUGUUCCCCCACUCCCUGCUGCGUUGUACAGCCUGGGGGCGUCUCCCAUCCCCCCAUGAUU